AAUAUAUUCUGCCACCCUGCUGCCCUCAAUUUUUCCUGUCCUGUCAUCCGGGAUGAGCAAUCCAACUGACAACAACUCUGCCACGUCAUCGAUAACACCAAAUUUUUCGGCGUUUUCCUCAUUUACAACAUACAAACCAUCCGACUCAUUUUCUUCAUUUGAAUCUGAUUCUUCUCCAUCAAAAUCAUCAUCAUCACGAAAGAAUCGAGAUAAGAUAGCAGACAAGAAGCAACGUAGAAAUCGUACAACAUUCACGACAUUUCAACUUCAUGCUCUUGAAGCUGCAUUUGAUAAAACUCAUUAUCCAGAUGUUUAUGCAAGAGAAACAUUGGCUGCUAAAGUUCAAUUGCCAGAGGUUCGAGUUCAGGUAUGGUUCCAAAACCGCCGAGCUAAAUUUCGCCGUCAAGAGAAGCAGGAUUGUCAAGGAGAGGAGAAGCAUUCACUGAAAGAUACAAUGCCAUCUUGGUCAUGGAUGAGUGAGAAUAAGACAGAUACACCGCCAAUGCUUCCUCCAGCAAAUACACUUUCAUCAACUCAUAACAAUGGAAUUUCCGAUGAAUUCUUCAAGACUUCCGAGGGAAAAGAAGUUUAUGGGUUUCCAUUCGCUGAAUAUGGGACUCCGGCGGACAACACGCACGUCAGCAAAACUGGAAACGUUUUUCAUUUGAAUUUCGAAGACAGUGAUAAGAAAUCAAUGAAAAAAGAAUCGCCUCAAACACCAUCGACAAGUAGUCCAUUCAUUUCGGAAUAUCAUCCACCAUUUAUCCCUUAUUAUAUUCCAAAUCAAUCAUUUUCCAAUGCAUUUAAUCAAUAUCCAAUGCCAUUCCCCUAUCCAAUUCACUUUGAGCCACCACAACUUACUCAUAGUCAGGAAAAUUGUUGAUUUUAUAUGGAAAACUAUUACGAAUGUUAGAUUUUACUCAUGUUUUUUUUUAAUCUACUGAUUUUAUGAUUUUUUCUUCAAAUAUCCCCCAUUUCUUCAAUCUUCCUUCGGCACAAUAAACAGAAGUUUCCAAGGGGGCGGCGCACACCUAACACAUUUUAGAGUGGCGCGCGAAACCCGUGAUAUGUCGGAGGCCGCAGCAACUAUCGUCUAGCAGCCGGCUGUCUCAUUUAUUGCAGACCGGUGAUGAAACUGUUCUAGGAAGUGCCGUCUUAGAAACAAUGAUUAUGAAUUGGACGCUGAGGUCACUGCAACUAAAUUAAUUAAAGAUUGAGUAUGAAUUCAGAGAA